CAUUCAAUGUUGCAGAAUAGAUGCCUUUUUACAAUUUAUCACAAAUGGCAACUAUAAAAGAUUGUAAUCCUUGUUGCUCAAGGGGCUCACCACUUUAAUCAGCCAAAAUCAUGUCACUUCGACGAUAGUUGUAGUAGUGAUGAAAUAAAUAGAGAUUACACAUUGUCUCGAUGUCUCGAGUGAUGACCACUGAUAAAAUAAAAUUAUAAUAUAAAAAUGCAAUGUUCUAAUACGCACAAUUUCAAUUAACAAUUAACAACAACAUACGAAAAUGAGGACAAACAAUAAAUUGAUGCUUGCUACAGUUUUUCUGUAUUUCUUGACCAUUGUAACAUCAAUUAUAUCAUCAUCAUCACCACCACAAUGUAUUGAUGAUUUUGGCAAACCAGUCGAUUGGUACAUCAUCUAUAAAUUUCCCCAUCUCAAAUCAUUGAAUAAACCAGGUUUAUUCGGCGGUCAUCAUUAUGCAUAUCUAACAUCAAACAUAAAACAUUCGAAUGGAUGGCAUUUCUCUUCACAUCAAAUCACCGAAUCACAAUCAAUGUUUGGUCAAACAUUCUCACCAUUUUUCUCUGAUAAUCGUUCACAUUUGACGACAAUGUUCUAUAAUGAUCAGCCACCAGAUGGUCAUGAUGUUCCGUCAAGUUACGCACAUGCUAAAGGUAUGAUCACAUCUGAUAAACAUCAAGGAUUCUGGCUAAUACACACGGUUCCCAAAUUUAUGGCAGCUGAAAACAAGUAUUCAUAUCCAGCAACAGGCGGACGUUAUGGUCAAGUUGCAAUGUGCAUUUCAUUAUCUGCAUCCGAAUUGGCUCAAGUUGUGGAUAAAAACUUUCUAAUAGCUCGACCAUAUGUCUAUCACAUGCAUAUUGAUUCGGCAUCGGAGGCAACAGAUUUAGGACGAGCAUUAGUCCAAUUAGAACAACACAAGUGGAACAAAUCACAAAAUUAUAGCCAAUUGAAUCUCAAAUCUAUGGCAGGUGAAUCGUUUCAAAGUUUCUACAAAAAUCCAUCAUAUCAUGUUGAUCUUUAUGCAAAAAUAGUUGCCAACACAUUACGAACUUGUUUGAGAGUGGAAACAUGGCGUCACAAUCCGGGCAAUCCAUUAGAAUCGGAAUGCACGAACAAAAAUGUCGAAGUUGAAAACGUUAAAAGAAUUCAGGUCAAAUUUGUUGAUUCGGAUUUGGAGGGAGAUUUCAGCUAUUAUGAUGAUCACAGCAAAUGGGCAAUCACACGAGAUCAGACCCAUGAUCUGGUAUGCAUUGGUGAUAUUAAUCGUGCAGAAUCACAAUUUCAUCGUGGUGGUGGAACAACUUGCUUAACCGAUGCUACCGCAUGGAAUAGUUUCAAUUCAUUCAUCAAAGACAUUGAACGCUGUCCAGAUGAUCCAGAUGAUAUCGAAAUGACGACAACAACAACAACAGCAACAACUAGAAUUUCAUCUUGGUGGCAAUCGAUCAUAUGGAAAAUUCGUGCCUAUUUCAACCGAGGGAAAGAGCAAUGAUUGAAUCAUUUUUUGUCAUUUAGAAAACUUUUUAUUCAGUUCAAUCUAUAUUCAGAUAAAUCGAAAUCGAAAUCGAAACCCCAAUCUACAUAUACAAUCAGUAAAGUGACAAAUGUGUCUGCAAAAUUGAGUUUUAAACAUAAAA